CGAUGCCCAGACAAUCCGAGAGAUGCCCGGAGAGGCAAGUACAAGAAUAACAGAUAGUCGCAAAUAUGUUUGGCACCUGCGUACAAGUGUUGUCGAUCUCGAUCGAUAAUUAUUGAUUAAAAUCAGCUGUUCUAGUAAACAAAGAAUCUCGUUUCACUAUGAGUACCGUUGAAAAUGAAGCGGAAAAUCACAGGAACGGUGAAGAAGAAAUAGUUGCAUCAGAUAAUGAAAGUGAUUGUUUGUUAGAGAUACUUGAAGAUGAGAAAUGGUGUUACAUGCCAGAUUCUAUUCUUUUAAAUAUUUUUCAAUUUUUAACACCGAGGGAAUUAAUAACCGCCGGAGAAGUAUGCAAAUCUUGGCACAGAGUGUCCUACGACGAAUUUCUUUGGAAAAAUCUAUUCUAUCAAAAAUAUGAAAUAGAUUCGAAUGUUGGCAUGAUGCCAGGGAAAACAUCUUGGCUACAAGAAUUUAAACGAUUGACAUAUCAUAUACCACUUAUAAAAACAGAUGAACUUACACAGCACUCUAAUGAAGUAUUACACGUAAGCUUUUCACAUAAUGGGAAAAUGUUUGCUACAUGUUCAAAAGAUGGAUAUAUUUUUGUCUGGGAAAGUCAAUAUCCUGUUACAAUAAAGUAUUUUUAUGAUAUGAAAACAUUUAGAUGGCAAUAUACACAAUUUUCACAGUUUAAUUCCUCUGAUACUUUAUUGCUGGUUUCUGGUGCAUAUUUUGGAACUCCUUAUGCCACUUCGGGUGAAAUAGCAAUAUUUAGUUUAACACCUGAUUUUGAUCUGCAAUGUAGAGUAGCAAAUAAUCCUCAUGACAUGUUUGGUACAUGGUAUAGCGAACAUUAUCUUCUAAGUGGAAGUUUGCAUUGGUUAACACACACUGUUAGUGCUAGUGUCAUUUGGCUCAAUAAGGCAAACCAAGAAUCAUCUAGUGAAGAUAUACCUAUUAUAACUCAACUUUUUAGAUUUUGCAAUGGCAAUGGUUCAUCAGUUCGUGCAAUUAUAUUGGCUGAUUGUUUAACAUCUGAACAAGAUGAAUCCGAAAUACAAAAGGUUCAGUCUUCAUCUUCUAAUGUAGAAGAAAUAGAGGAAACUCUGCCAAAUCAAAUUGUUCCUCUGGAUGUAUCAUUUAAAUCAGGGUCAUGGAACUUAAAAGCUACAUCAGAAGAACAUAUAUUUAAGAAGUGGGAAAAAUUCAAUGACUGUUUUAAGUAUAUUAGUCCCUUACAGUACAACCCAAAAUAUAGUUAUCAAAAUAGACUAUCCUUUCGCACAGAAAAUUCUCGGCAAGCUAACGAACAAUCCAUAAAUACGGAAGAUGCCAACGUAGAUGAGAUCGCGAACAAUUGUGAAAAGUAUCUUAUAUUUACAACGGGAACAGAAACUUUUAUUCCACAUCAAGUGGCUUUCAAAAGAGUGAAAAAUGUGAAGUUUCCUACGAGCAUAUAUCCAGGACGUUUAUAUACGUUAAAGGAAAGAAAACGAGAUAGAAAAUUAGAAAGGGAACGAGAAAGAGAACGUCAAAGGCAAAAUCCUAAUGAUAAUGUUUUGGACAUUGAAGCCAUAGCUGACAAAUUUGAUAACGUGGAUCAUGUAAUUGAUUUUAAUGGACACAUAGUAGGAAUGGGACUUUCUCCAGAUCAUAGAUAUCUAUAUGUCAACGUAAGACCAUGGCCACAAGAUUAUGUUAUUACAAACUUAUAUCAAUAUCCACCAGCAGCUAAAGAAGUAGACAUACAUGUAAUCGAUUUAAUAACUUUAAAACAAGUUGGCUGCAUGUCAAGAGCAUAUAAAAAAUAUGAUCUAUAUAACAAAUGUCUUUUAAUUUUUCUUGAUGUGUGUAACGAAUAUGUAGCCAGCGGCGCUGAAGAGAAAUAUGGUUAUCUUUGGGACAGAUAUUAUGGAGUAUGUUUAGCUAAGUAUCCUCAUUCUGAUGUUGUCAAUUCAGUUGCCUUCAAUCCACGUGAUCCCGAAAUGUUAAUUACAACUAGUGAUGAUUGUACUAUUAAAGUUUGGCGUAGCCGAGCUAAGGUGCAUGCAUUAGGAUUAAACAAAAAUUCUUUCCCUAGAGGUAAGGAAAUAAGAAAUAGAUACGAGUAUUCUGAAUUCUGGAAUUCAAAAUAGCCAAACAACAGUUUUCUGUGAAUCUGCCUAAAAUACAAUGUUUUAUUUUCAAACCAUUAAACUUGUAAUAUAUCAUAUACUUUUAAGAAAUUGUAUACUUGUAUAUACCUUAAUGAUUUUAAGAGAAUGAUUUAUUUAU